UAGAGAAAGGAAUCGAUGAUUCCGUCCGUCGGUGCGAGGAGAAAAGCUUUUUACCUCUAAAUUUUCUCGGCAAAAUUUCGGAGAAAACGCGUUCGUCCCGAAGUAAGGAACUAAUGGCAGAACCUGUACCCAACAAAGCAGAAGAAGAAGACGACGACGAAGCAGAGUGUACAGUUAAAAUGGAGGGUUUGUUACAGAUAAUGAGCCGGAAGGAGAAGAGAAAGGCGAAGAAGAAGAUGAAGAGGAAACAGAUUAGGAAGGAGAUGGCGGAGAAGGAGCGUGAGGAAGAGGAGGCGAGGCUGAACGAUCCAGAGGAGCAGAGGAGGGAGGGUGUGAUGGAGGAGGAGGAGAAGGAGAGGAAGGAGAGGGAGAGGAAGCAGUUCGAGGAUCGGGAGAGGGCGUGGAUUGAAGCCAUGGAGAAGAAGAAUAAGGAAGAGGAGGAGCGAAGGAUGGCUCUGGAAGAAGAAAAGUCGAAAAGACUACAGGGUGAGAAUGAAAACGAGUUUAAUGAGGAUGAUGAUUGGGAGUAUGUAGAAGAAGGGCCUGCAGAGAUCAUAUGGCAAGGAAAUGAAAUAAUUGUGAAGAAGAAAAGGGUCAGAGUUCCAAAGAAGGACGCCAAUCAACAAAGUAGACAAGAGAAUGCUGAUAGGCCUACGUCAAAUCCUCUUCCUCCACAGUCUGAAGCUUUUUCUAGUUAUAAGAAUGCAUCCUCGGCAGAGCAUAUUUUAAAGAAUGUUUCUCAACAAGUUCCUAAUUUUGGAACCGAACAGGAUAAAGCCCAUUGUCCUUUCCAUUUAAAAACCGGUGCAUGCCGUUUUGGUCUGCGUUGCAGCAGAGUUCAUUUCUACCCCGACAAAUCAUUUACACUGUUGAUCAGGAAUAUGUACAAUGGUCCUGGCCUUGCCUGGGAGCAAGACGAGGGGCUUGAGUACACUGAUGAAGAGGUUGAACGUUGUUAUGAAGAAUUUUACGAGGAUGUGCACACAGAGUUCUUGAAGUUUGGGGAAAUUGUGAAUUUUAAGGUGUGCAGAAAUGGCUCGUUCCAUUUACGGGGAAAUGUCUACAUACAAUAUAAGUCACUCGAUUCAGCUGCUCUUGCUUAUCAUUCUAGUAAUGGCCGGUACUUUGCUGGGAAACAGGUAAGUUGUGAAUUUGUCAAUUUGACCAGAUGGAAGGUUGCCAUAUGCGGGGAGUAUAUGAAGUCAAGGUUCAAGACAUGUUCUCAUGGAACUGCUUGCAAUUUUAUCCACUGUUUCCGCAAUCCUGGCGGAGACUAUGAAUGGGCUGAUUGUGAUAAACCACCUCCAAAAUAUUGGGUGAAAAAGAUGACUGCUUUAUUUGGUUAUUAUGAUGAAGCUGGGCACGAGAAACAGGUGGAACAAGAAAAUUUGGGGCAUCGGCGGCACUCUAGCAAGAUGAUGACUGAUGUAGACAGGUCUUGCUCAAGAAGAUCUAAAUCCAGAGAGAUGGAUUUCUUGAAUAGCAGUAGCUGUAGUGGAAGAAAUGGCAGUGGUAAUGAUGUUCCAAAGAGCACACGGUGGAGGCAGUAUGCGAGUGAUGAUAGAAAGCAAAUGAAAGUUCUUGGUGAGGAUAUGUAUGAAGAGAAUACAAACUUAAAAGAAACUAAUCACAUGAAGAGCAGAACUCAUGAUACAGAUUCUGAUGGUGAAUGGCUGGAUAAGGAUGGGGACAAAGAAAGAUACAGAGAUAGAUACCAUGGUAGUGCAAGCAAAAGCUCGAGAUCUCAGAACGGGGAUAAAAAGCACAGAUCAUGUGGAGAUGAAUCUAAGGGGGAUUGGUCAGAUAGUGAAGAUAGAGAAACUCACAACCGUCAUGCUAGGAAAAGAUCAAGACACAGCAGAGAAGCUAGACUCCUGGAUGAUUGUGAGGACCAAGAAAACCGUAGGAGAGAGUGGUCAAAAAGAGAUGGAGACCGAGAAACAUACCAUGGUCAGAUGACCAAAAGUGCAAGACACCAUAGGAAAGUGAAGUAUCCAGAUGAUCAUUGGGACAGCAAGAACAGAACUCAUGAUACUGGUGUAGAUUGGUCUGAUGGGGAAAGAGAUAGAGAUAGAGAUAGAGAUAGAGACAGGCAUCAUAGAAAAAGGAGGAAAAGCUCAAGACACCAGAGGAAAGUGGAACGUCGGGAUGAUCAUGGGGACAGUAAGAAUGGAAAUCAUGAAGGAGAAUGGUUAGAUAGGGACAGCAAUAGUGAUAGAGAGCAAAGUAGACGACAGAAAGGCUCCGAACAGGACAGCAUCUCAGAUGAUCAUGGGGAUAGCACAAGCAGGGCCGAUGAUACUGGUUUUAUGAAUGAUUAGUCAGGCAGUGAUGGAGAAAAACACCAUAGUCGAACAAGGAAAUGUACGAGACACUGGAAUGAAGUGUCAGAUUUCUCUGAUGAUGAAAGGGAAUCAGCAAAAAAGUUGGAAAGAUAAGCGUCACAGCG